AGAAAUUCAGAAAAAGAGAGCAUUCCAAUGCCUUCGUUUCACCCAAAUUCGUUAAUCAUCAUCACCCAAGGGAAAAAACUGAAGGAAAUUUGUCGUUGCAUGCCUCUGCCCGCAUAUAAAUAGGCAAACAAUUUUGUGCUUUUCCAUUCUCUUCUGCAUUCAAUCAGAAAAUCGACGGAAAGUUGCCCAGUGGUUAAUACUUUAUGUUCACACCAAACUCACUAGAAUCCUCUGAAAAUCCUCAUAAAGCUACAAAAGCUCUCGCACCCAAAAGCAAAAGAAGAGUAAUUGAGUUUUUUAUUUUGAAGGGUUUUCAAUUUCGCGAUCCCUUUUUUGUAUCUGAUUUUGAGGCUUCAGACGGUGGUGAUGGAAGGAGGGGAGAGAAAGGAGGCGGCGGCGUUGCCGUCGGACUACGUUUCGCUUGCUCAAUUACAAGAGCGGUGGCUGCAGAAGCAAGAAGAGACGAAGCUGAAGCAGAAGCGGGAAGAAGAGGAGAAGAGAGAGAGGGAUGCGUUGGCGCUGAAGCAAAAACAGAAAUGGGAGGAGAGAGAGAGAGAUUCGCGGGCCCAGAACAGGUGGAGGAGUCGGAAUCAGAAUCAGAGAGGAGGCGCGAAAAUUGGGGGCGGGUUUGUGAGAGCGACUGGUGAGAUUCUAGAGAAGGGGAAGGAGAUAGUCUGUGGAGGGCCCGGUGAUGGAGGAGAAAAUAAUAAGAACAUAGGUAAGAAGGGGGGAAAAGGUAAAAAAAAGAGAAAUUUCAAAGGGGCUGCGGCGAUUGAGGAAAGGGAGAAAGUUGGGGCUGAGGCUGAGGUGUUGAUUUUGAGUGAGGAAGGUGGAAGUGCUUGCGGGUCUAGCGCGGUUGAGCUAGUAGCGUGUGUGUCUGUGGUUGAGGUUUUGCCAAGAAAUGGAGAGGUUGCUCCUGUGAAUAGAAGUGAUUUGAGAGGUGGAUUCAAGAAAAAUGGCAGAGAUAAGGGUUCACUUAGAGUAAAUGAGUUGAAGCAGAGUGAAGAGGAGGGUGGUGGUAAGAAGUGUAGUGGGAGUGGGAAAGGGGAAGGGAAAGGUAGAGAUGGUGGGAGUGAGAGAGGUGGAGAUAGAGUAAGAGGGAGUGAGGAAAAAGGGGAGAGAAGGAGAGGCAGUGAGAGGGGGAGAGAUAGAAGGGGAGGGGAGAGAUGGGGUGGAGAGGGAGGGAGUGAGAGAGGAUAG